CUGGCUUUCAAAAGGCAGUGUUUUAGAGUCUGGACACACGCAGCCUCAUAAUCGGCACUGAGAUCAUCAUGGCAGCUGAGGGAAAUCCUGUUUGUGGUGGUGUUAUGUUGCUCCACACUGAACGUGAAGGGAAACACUCGUAUGAAGUGAAUGGCUUUUUUAACUAUAACAAAGGAAAAUUCGCGAGCAAGGGAGAUAAAGUUAUAAUGAUAAACAACACAGAUGUAGAGGUUUUGACUCCACAGGCAUUUGCUGAGCUGCUGAUUGAAGAGUCUCCCUUACUUACCAUACAUCAUUCACCCAAAAGGAAAACCAAAGAAUGUGAAUCUGAGGAAAUCAAUGUGCGUAAAAAGGAGGAGCCGACAGUCAUGAGAUUCAGCGUGAUGAUGGUAAGAGAGGAAGAUCUGGAAGCCACUGGAGUUCAACCAUCGCCAGAGUGGGAAGACAAGGACAUUGAGGAUGACUGUUUCAGUAAAGACAAUCUUCUGCUUGUCUCCAUGGCUGAGACAAGCUUCAGUGUGGUCGUUGCUCGGGGCUGUGAUCCUGACAGCCCUUGCAACAGCUGUGGAGGGAUGAAUUGCCAAUUUAAUGACGUUGUUGUCCUGCCUGCGACAGCUGAGAUUACCUUUAAUUCUUCAAGGAUUUUGAUGCGGAUUAGAGAGCAAAAGAAUUUGUUCAUUAAGAGUUCCUUGAUGGAAAAGUAUGUCACCCCAGAGAAUCAGCAUAUGCUUUUGAAAGACACCAUGUCAGCAAAAAUCACCCUCUACUAUUAUACUAUCACCAAGGGCUGUGAAGGUGUUCCUGUUGUACUGAACUUCAGUGGCACAGAAAACUUCUUCUGCUGUACCACCAAACAAGGUGAAGAUAAGAAGAUUUUGACAGUCAUGAACUGUAAUAAAAAGCACCUGAAAAGCAUCUGUCCUGAUGACCGAGAAAAAUGGUCCCUUGUAUUUUACAUGUCUUGUGGGCGAGACAAUCUCCGGCGUUUUGAGUCAGCUCUUUACAGAGGAUGGUUUAUCUACACAGAAAGGGUAGAUAAUAACGAAUUGUACAUGCAUAAAGAAGAUCAGUUUGACAGUAAACAAGACAGUGCCUUCUCAUUCAUAAUUCUGAGUGAGAAUGGGUCAUGUUAG